AUGUUCACGGGGUGUAUAUGUGACGAGCACCAUAUGAUCUGUAUCUUUCUCCAACGUCUGCAGAAUUAAUGUUUUUCUGAGCUUUCGAAAAUACUCUAUAUUUGAAGGAAAUUCAAACCAGUGUAUUAUUUAAUGUGAGAAGAAAGUGCUUUAUUUCUGGAACAUUGCAACCAAUUCUUUAUAUAGAAAAUAAUUGAAGAAGUAGAAAUGGUUGGAUUCGUGUUAAUUUGUUCGGCUAUGACUAUCUUCAUACCCGGAGUUCACACUCGGAGAGUUGUUGACCUCUCGUAUGACAUGGACCACGACACCUUAACAUAUCCCAAUAAUCCAAGAUUCAACCUCUCCGUUCAGCACGAAGGUCCAUACGGCACUGUUCCAUGGGUGCAGUAUGGAAACGUGGAAUUUGCAGAACACACGGGCACGCAUGUAGACUCUCCUAAUCACUUCGCAAAGGGGGGCCUGCAGGCACAUCAGAUCAAGAUGGAACAGCUGAUGGGUCCGGGUGUGGUGAUCAAUGUCAAGGCCAAGGUCGCCAGUAACAUAGACUAUCGAGUAACUGACCUAGAUCUGAUGGCAUGGGAGGAAAAUCACGGCCCAAUUCCAUCAGGAGCUAUUGUACUGAUGAACUCUGGCUGGGGCUCCCGUUAUCCUGAUUUUGUACGAGUCUUCAACUCCUCAACAUACAAAGAGGACCAUUCAUCGCUCCACUUCCCUGGCUUCCACGAGAGUGCUGCGCAAUGGCUUGUCAACAAGCGUGACGUACAUGCCCUAGGGUCCGACACACCCUCAGCUGACUACGGACGGAGCACAUCGUUCCCAGUUCAUCAACUGGUGACGAAGGAAGGAAUCCUUAUAAUCGAAAAUGUGGCAAAUAUGGACAAACUUCCCGACAGUGGUUCUUUUGUCUAUGUCCCUAUGAUCAAGUUUAAGGGAGGAACUGGUGCGCCUGCGCGGAUGUUCGCCGCCAUUGAGGAUGAAGGAGACAGAACAAACGGUGUUUCAGCUGUAAUCUCUCGUGUGUCGACUGUUGGCUGUAUGAUCGUCCUAUCACUCUUCAUGCUCUAAGUUGUAUUUAACAAAUCUUUUUAGCAAUAGUUGGAUAUUUUUUCCGAAAACUAAAUCUGUGCUUUUUAUACUAGUGUAGCGGAACUAGACCGACUUGUAGAGCGUCCGUCUAGAGAUCGGAGGGUCCCGGGUUCGAACCCCGGUCUGGCCGUGCAUUUUUCCUC